CUAGUAAAAGGGGAAGUUGCAAAAAGAAAGAAAAAGGAGGAGACGUGAUCGGGGUUGUUGAAAUUAUUUGUAUGUGCAACAAUACGUAUCUGUCCGCACUGCGACCUUUAUUUUGUGUAUAGACUCGUGUGUGGUAUUCUGUGUUUGUCAACCGCCUGGCACUCAGCUGAAGCCCUGACAGCAUAGUCAGACGUGCGGGACAAACACUGACCGGGGAUCUGACUAGGCCAUGGCCAACAGAGGAGGAGCUACGAGACCCAACGGGUCUAACGCUGGUAACAAGAUCUGCCAGUUCAAGCUGGUACUUCUGGGGGAGUCGGCAGUGGGCAAGUCCAGCCUGGUGCUCCGCUUCGUCAAGGGACAGUUCCACGAGUUCCAGGAGAGCACCAUUGGAGCGGCCUUCCUGACCCAGACAGUGUGUCUAGACGACACGACGGUGAAGUUUGAGAUCUGGGACACGGCAGGACAGGAGCGCUACCACAGCCUGGCGCCCAUGUAUUACAGAGGGGCGCAGGCCGCCAUCGUGGUCUACGACAUCACAAAUGAGGAGUCAUUUGCGCGGGCCAGGAACUGGGUGAAGGAGCUGCAGAGACAAGCCAGCCCCAACAUUGUCAUCGCCCUGUCUGGCAACAAGGCUGACCUCGCCAGCAAGAGAGCCGUGGACUUCCAGGAUGCCCAGUCAUAUGCAGACGACAACAGCUUACUCUUCAUGGAGACGUCGGCCAAGACGUCUAUGAAUGUGAACGAGAUAUUCAUGGCUAUUGCAAAAAGAUUGCCCAAGAGCGAGCCUGCGGCCACAGGAGCUAACAGCGGGCGGAACAGGGGCGUCGACCUAACGGAAGCCGCCCAGCCAACUAAGGCCCCCUGCUGCAGUACUUAAAGCGAAAUCUCCCCCCCCCCACACUGCAGUAACUAAUGUGAUGACCCCGCCCGCCCAAAACUCUCUGAUCUGCAGCAUUGAAAAAAGAUGCUCUUUGAACCCCCGUCCCAUUCUACCCUUCUCCUCCUCUCUGCAGUAACUAAUGCAAAGCAACACCCUCUUCUCUAGUUCUCUCAACGACACCCUGCCCCUCCCUCUCCGCUCUACUGGUUCUGCUGUUACUAAUUGAGACACCUCACACCUUCCUCCUUCUUUUCUGAAAUUAGUGCCCGCCUUCCCUACCUCAUUCUUCCUGACUAUUGGCAAGCAGCAGGACUAAGGGACGGGACAACUCUGAUGGUGGUCUCAUCUCCUGGGUAUAGCUACAGACUAUCGCUCUGUGUUUCUAACACAGUCUCUGUCCUUUCUGUCUGUUUUUUUGUUUUGUUUAUUUUUUUAUCGUGGGAAUUAUGGAUGCAUGUAUCACUACAUGGCCUAACUUGAUGAUGAGAAAAAAUCUGUGUUAACUUUAUUCAGCGGCACAAAAACAUAUAUUUGAGAAGGAGAGAGGCUCCAAAGGUUUGUGAGGGCUAAUUCUAAAGAUAAGACUGUUUAGCAGUGGUCUUGGGUUCCUUCUAGUUUCUCUCUGUUGUUCUCUGUCUACCCUUAUCUGUCUCUUGAGUAAUGUAUUCAUAUGCUUUGCCCACUAAACCUUUAGUAGUGCUAGUAUAGAGUUUAUCCCUUCUGUCUCUCUUUGUCCCAUCCCAGGGCCUUGCCUGCUUCUAAUGCUCAGCCCCAAAUCAAACCCUAACCCCUUAGGUACUUUAUGUAGGUCUGAGAGGAUUUGUGAUCUAAACAAUCGGGUGAACAUUCCACCUAGCCUAUCGGAGGGCAAGGUGGAGCGAUCCCCAUAAUGCUCAUAUUCAAUUCUCUCAGGUCUACCUAAGGGGUUAGAGGGCAAUUUGGGAUUGGGCAUAGCUGUCCUAGUGGCAUUGUGCAAUGGUUCACAGUAUUGGCUCUGUGAUUUCUUCAGUGUCUGCAAGGACCUUCACACUGCAAAGCAACCUGCCUUCACACCCACCCCAACCCUACCUACUAUCACCACCUUACCCCCACCAACCCUACCUGCUAUCACCACCUUACCUGCUAUCACCACCUUACUCCCCCCAACCCUACCUACUAUCACCACCUUACCCCCACCAACCCUACCUGCUAUCACCAACUUACCUGCUAUCACCACCUUACUCCCCCCAACCCUACCUACUAUCACCACCUUCCCCCCUCAACCCUACCUGCUAUCACCACCUUACCUGCUAUCACCACCUUACUCCCCCCAACCCUACCUGCUAUCACCCUCUUACCCCCCCAACCCUACCUACUAUCACCACCUUACCCCCAUCAACCCUACCUGCUAUCACCACCUUACCUGCUAUCACCACCUUACUCCCCCCAACCCUACCUGCUAUCACCCUCUUACCCCCACCCAACCCUACCUACUAUCACCACCUUACCUGCUAUCACCACCUUACUCCCCCCAACCCUACCUACUAUCACCACCUUACCCCCACCUAACACUACCUGCUAUCACCACCUUACCUGCUAUCACCACCUUACUCCCCCCAACCCUACCUACUAUCACCACCUUACCCCCACCCAACCCUACCUGCUAUCACCACCUUACUCCCCCCAACCCUACCUGCUAUCACCCUCUUACCCCCCCCCCCAACCCUACCUGCUAUCACCCUCUUACCCCCCCCCAACCCUACCUGCUAUCACCACCUUACCCCCACCAACCCUACCUGCUAUCACCACCUUACCCCCACCAACCCUACCUGCUAUCACCACCUUACUCCCCCCAACCCUACCUGCUAUCACCCUCUUACCCCCACCCAACCCUACCUACUAUCACCACAGUAUGGCAACGGGCCUCUGAGACUUGUUCACAUGUUCACCUCACCCGCCCCCUGAAUGCCAAGUCUCCAGACCCCUUUCCAUCCUGACCUGAUGGUCUCUGUCAGAGGGAGGGGUUACAUCCUGAUCCAUUCUGGUUACAAUGUCAGCUGAUGUUCAUUACGUCUCAACAUGUAAUGGAUGAGAUUAGGUCAUGGUUCAGGUUAUGAUGCCUGUCCAGCUGUAAACAAGAUGCUGGCUGGAAGGCAGCUGUUUUCCACUUGGAGAGACAGGGGAACAUGGUGAGGUGACCUCUGUAGGUGUUGAGACAGGGGAACAUGGUGAGGUGACCUCUGUAGGUGUUGAGAGUAGGGAACAUGGUGAGGUGACCUCUGUAGGUGUUGAGAGUAGGGAACAUGGUGAGGUGACCUCUGUAGGUGUUGAGAGUAGGGAACAUGGUGAGGUGACCUCUGUAGGUGUUGAGAGAGGGGAACAUGGUGAGGUGACCUCUGUAGGUGUUGAGAGAGGGGAACAUGGUGAGGUGACCUCUGUAGGUGUUGAGAGAGGGGAACAUGGUGAGGUGACCUCUAGGUGUUGAGAGAGGGGAACAUGGUGAGGUGACCUCUAGGUGUUGAGAGAGGGGAACAUGGUGAGGUGACCUCUAGGUGUUGAGAGGGGGAACAUGGUGAGGUGACCUCUGUAGGUGUUGAGAGAGGGGAACAUGGUGAGGUGACCUCUGUAGAUGGUGAGGUGACCUCUGUAGGUGUUGAGAGUAGGGAACAUGGUGAGGUGACCUCUGUAGGUGUUGAGAGAGUGGAACAUGGUGAGGUGACCUCUGUAGGUGUUGAGAGUAGGGAACAUGGUGAGGUGACCUCUGUAGGUGUUGAGAGAGUGGAACAUGGUGAGGUGACCUCUGUAGGUGUUGAGAGAGGGGAACAUGGUGAGGUGACCUCUGUAGGUGUUGAGAGAGUGGAACAUGGUGAGGUGACCUCUGUAGGUGUUGAGAGAGUGGAACAUGGUGAGGUGACCUCUGUAGGUGUUGAGAGAGUGGAACAUGGUGAGGUGACCUCUGUAGGUGUUGAGAGAGGGGAACAUGGUGAGGUGACCUCUGUAGGUGUUGAGAGAGUGGAACAUGGUGAGGUGACCUCUGUAGGUGUUGAGAGAGGGGAAGAUGGUGAUGUGACCUCUGUAGGUGUUGAGAGGGGGGAACAUGGUGAGGUGACCUCUGUAGGUGUAUGUGUCCCAAAUGUCACCCUAUUCCCCAAAUCGUGCACUGCUUUUGACUAAAGCCCUGGUCAAAAGUAGUGCACUAUAUAGGGAAUAGGGUGCCAAUCAGGACGUCUCUCUUUGUCAUGGUCACUUCCUCCCCUGUUCUUUAGGAAGUGCUGUGUGUGUGGGGUUGUGUGUACACAGAGGGAGACUGGACUGUUUGGUGAUAAAACAUCCUCAGAGACAACAAACACAGUCAGGCGCAGGUUUAUUUCUCUAAACCCUUCCAGAUCUAAAUAACACACACAAGCUAAAACACGGCUCACUCACACAUGUACACUUUUGUGUUAUUCUUAAACCCUGGACCUGUUACACACACACACACACACAACCCGUCCUGAUCAAUAACUCUGUCCAGGUCUCUUCCUCAUGCCUUGCACUAAUGAUUCUCAUGAAUAUAUCUUGUCAUAAUUACAGCCAGUGUGAUAUAAAUAUAUAUAUAAUAUACUGUACAUAGGGUAUUGCAAUGUAGUCUACUUUUUCCAUUUACAGUUGACAGGACUAAUGCUUGCUAGGGAGUUGUCUAGAUAAUCAUUAAAAAACUGUACAGUUAGCAGAAAACAGCUUCAGUGUGGGUUUGGAGUUGUUGUUCCCCCCCCCCCCCCCCCCCCACAAAAAUGUUUAAAUUAUAAUCGAUGGUGGUCUUUAUAAAUGUAAGUGUUAUUAACAAACAAAAGAUAUCUUGCAUUUCGUUAGUGGUCUGACUUAUACUUUAUUUCUCUAGAAAAGCUAAAUGAUUUUUUUUUUUUGGUUUCUAUUUUUUAACAUUCUCUCUCUCACAUUUCACUCAUUUGUGAGUGAUCUAAAGUUAGGAUGACCUGUCCAGUACUCCUCAUCCCACUAGAACUGAAGUCACACACAAUACACUGUCUGGCUGUUGAAUCCCUGUUGGAGCAAAGCGGAAAGGAUUUGAAAAAAAUUAACUUUCCGCUUGUCUUAUAACGUCUCAGUAGGAAUGUAACGACGUUGUGGGAACAAUGUUAACAACCUUAGUAGGAGAAGAAAGACGGCUCUGUUCUACUGUUGGGGUAUUAGCUGGUGGAUCAUGAUGAUGAAUAAAUGGAUUAACUCAUA